UGCCAGACGCAAAAGUAGGGAAACCCGCAACUGCAAGAAACCGCGCGCGUUGUCAGUGCGCGAGCGCCGAGGCUCAACACAUGUGACUUAAGUCACCUUCAUCAAAAGUGACUUAACUUAAGUCAACACAAAUCACACAAUUACAAUUAGAGUAAAGACUAUGUGCACGACAGUGAAUGAUGAUUGAUGAAGUACUAAUUGGCAAAUUUAAGUUGACUUAAGUUUGAAUUUGCGCGCAAAUCGAUUACGACUUAAAUUAAGUGACUUAAAUGACAUAACAUCCAAGGAGUAAUAGUUUUAAAUGUAAUAAGUGCAUUGGGGUAAUCAUCAAGUGAUUGCGUUUGAAAUUAAAAUUUAAUUGAUCAAAGUUUUCCUUUGAAGUCAACGCGAAGAAGUCAACAAGUCAUAAACUACGCUUUGAAGUGCAAACACGUACAAGGAUUACAAUACAUUCAAUAUCAAUCUAUAUAAAUAAAAAGAUGUAACUGAUUAUACAAAGUGUACCAGGAACUAUUACUCGCAUGUUAAUUAUGCGCAUUUUCCGCACUUCAAGAAUUCAAUUUCCUAGUUUAAGCAGUCGCAAUGCGGAUCAUCGACAUCGAGACCAACAGCUUUCUAAAAUGAAGUGAAUGCGCAUAAACAAACACCAAUAAAAUAAAAACAAACAUAAACUUCAAUCCAAAAGAAAGUUACCAUAUAAAACCAACACACGUCAAAAACAACACCCUGUAUCACCAUGGUUGUAGUAGUACCUGUAGUAAUCGGCGCAAUUAAAGCCGCAACAGGAUUAAUAGGAGUUGGAAAAAUCGCCAUCUUGCCCUUUUUACUAGCCGCAUUCGCCUAUUACCACUACGACCAAUUCGACCCGGAAAACAGACCCUUAAGUGUAAACAAAGUAGAAGCAGAGUACGACUUUGUGAUAGUAGGUGGAGGAGCCGCAGGAUCAGUACUCGCAAAUAGACUAACAGAAAUUGAAGGAUGGAAGGUGUUACUCCUGGAAGCAGGAGGUCAUGAGACAGAAAUCACAGACGUGCCUAUCCUAAGCUUAUAUCUGCAUAAGAGCAGAGUGGAUUGGGGUUACCGAACCCAAGCCCAAGACUCAGCCUGCCAAGCAAUGAGAGACAAACGUUGCAGUUGGACCCGUGGGAAGAUCCUCGGAGGGUCCACAGUCCUCAAUACAAUGUUAUACGUCCGAGGAAACCGUAGAGACUACGACCAAUGGGCUUCAUUCGGUAAUGAAGGUUGGAGUUAUGAAGAGGUGCUUCCCUACUUCCUCAAAUCACAAGACCAGCGGAAUCCUUACUUAGCAAACAAAUAUCACUCAACAGGUGGUUUGUUGACUGUCCAAGACAAUCCCUACAACACCCCCUUAGGUAUAGCCUUCCUGCAAGCAGGUCAAGAAAUGGGUUACGACAUCCGAGACAUCAACGGUGAGAAACAAACAGGGUUCGCCCUCUUUCAAUACAACAUGCGAAGAGGUUCCCGAUGUUCAACAGCUAAAGCCUUUCUAAGACCCAUACGCUUAAGACGUAAUUUCCACUUGUCCCUAUGGUCCCACGUUACCAAAAUCAUCAUAGACCCACAAACCCGUCAAACCCAAGGUGUGGAAUUCAUCAAAAACAACAAACGCUACACAGUAAAAGCCCGCAAAGAGGUGAUCCUAAGUGGUGGAGCAAUCAACUCCCCACAAUUGCUAAUGUUAUCCGGAAUAGGUCCUGCUCAACACCUACAAGAGAAAGACAUCCCUGUUAUACACGACUCCCCUGGAGUGGGUCAAAACGUCCAGGACCAUAUCGCUGUAGGAGGGAUCACGUUUUUAAUCGAUGAGAGUAUAGCCCUAUUGACCUCUAGAUUGAUCAAUGCAAACACAGCUCUAAGAUACGCUAUAAAAGAAGAUGGUCCAUUGAGUUCCUCAGUGGGUAUAGAAACAGUAGGGUUCAUCAAUACAAAAUACGCGAAUGCAAGCGAUGACUGGCCCGAUAUGGAAUUCAUGUUGUUAAGCACCAGCACAGCAGCUGAUGGUGGUACCCAAGUGAAACACGCGCAUGGUUUAGCUGAUGAUUUCUAUCAGGAGGUUUUUGAAUCUAUUAACUACAAGGAUCAAUUCGGGAUCUUCCCUAUGAUGUUACGACCUAAAGCCAGGGGUGUAAUAAAACUCAAAUCCAAAGACCCAUUGGAUUACCCAUUGCUCUACCAUAAUUACCUAACAAAUUAUCAUGAUGUCGCUGUGUUGCGGGAAGGUGUAAAAGCAGCCGUAGCCCUUGGGGAAACCUACUCCCUAAAAAGGUUCGGAGCAAGACUGCAUAGAGCUCUGGUACCCAACUGCAAACACCUCCCACCAUUCACAGAUGAUUACUGGGAUUGUUUCGUAAGACAAUAUACACUCAGUAUAUAUCAUUAUUCAUGCAGUGCUAAGAUGGGUCCUCCAACUGACCCAAUGGCAGUGGUAGAUCCCAAAUUACGGGUUUAUGGUGUAGCUGGAUUAAGGGUUAUUGAUGCUAGUAUUAUGCCCACUAUAACCAACGGGAAUAUCAACGCGCCGACGAUAAUGAUAGGUGAAAAGGGUGCAGAUUUGAUUAAGGAGUAUUGGUUGAAGAAGGGUGGGAGGCGGAAGAGGAGUGUCGUGGAGCGGAAGCGACUAGAGACGUAACACAUGUAGAGGUCUUUGAUGACACAAUUGAUGGGACUAGUCAUAUAUCAAAUACACUUUGCUCAAGGUAGUAUUGUUACCAAAAGUAUUGCGUUACCAUUUGGGGCAAUUGAGAUGUGGUCAUAAUAUUAAAAUUAGGGCUUUGAAAUUUAUCGAGAAACUAUUGUAAAUAUUGUUCAUAAAAUUCCAAAAAUCAUUGCCAUAAUAUUUAUAUUCGAAACAUUUACGAUUUGUGCAAUUAUUACUAGAAUUAUUAUUAUUGUUGUUAUUGUUAUGAGAGUAAAUAUCGAUAAGUAAGGUGUACAGUAUGUGAGUUUUAAUAAACAAAUUUUAUUUUUA